UGUGUGUGUGUGUGUGUGUGUGUGUAUUUAUGUAUGGUGUCAUUGGAUAUUAGUUCAUAAAACAUAAACCAUUUCACCUGCCAAAGCGGUUUUAAAUUUACGUACAGUUUUAAAACUUUUAAAAUAAUAAAAAAAAAGUCUGAAAGUAUAAAUUUAAAUAAUUUGAAUUACGAGACUGGAAAAUGGAAGCUGAGCCUUUGGAUUUAGAGGAUGGUGAGGUUGUUGAUGACGAGCCAAUUGAUGCCUUCGAAACUUACACAGUUCUCCAGAGACCUCAGACAAUGAGCCAUCCUAAAACUAUAAUUGAGCCAAAUUACAGUGAUGACAGUGAAGAUUCAUCAGCGUCUCCAGACUCGGCAAGUGAUUCGGAUUCUCAGGUUGCUAAAAUAAAAAGGCCAAAAAUAAAAGCCCGCAGACGUAAAAUAGAAUCGUCACAAAAGCUAAAUAAAUAUAAAAUAUGGUGCACGCAAGUUCAAGAGGAAGCAUUGACUGAGGAUUUGGUUUCGUGUGGGGUCACAAGGAAACUGCACCAAGGCAGAAGUGUUGAAAAUUACGAUGUACCGAGUCAUUUUCGUUUGAAUGGUUACGACAAGCAUUCGAAUAAUUUAAGUUCUGAUGAGGAUAAAGUUGAGGCUUAUAGAACAAGUAAUAAAAGAUCACACACUGACAGACGUAAUGUCAAACUUCGACUUGGUAAACGUUCUAAUUCAAUGGAUAUUGAUAAUCAAAAAGGUUCUGUAAGAAGUAUUUUAGAGUUGCAGACGAGUAUUGAAUCAACGGAUAUUGAAGUCGCCAAUGAUAUAGCAGAGAAGCUAAACGAGAAGAAAGAUUCUCUUAUAAAACGAAUAGUUGAUAUUAUUGGUAAGGAAAAAUCAAUUGAAUUUUAUAAAAAAACAAAAGAAAUAGAAGAAGAUGGUGGUUUGUUGAUAAUGAAUGGGUCAAGAAGACGAACACCUGGUGGUGUUUAUUUUUAUCUUGUAAAAAAUGAUGAACAUAUACCACAAGAACAGAUACGUGAAAUAUUUUCGCUAGAUAAAAAAGAGGCUAAUCAUUCUAAGAAAAAACAUGGCGCUAAAUUACGUGAAAAAUCAAAUAAACUUAUGAAAAGUUUUGAAAAUGGUUCAGAAAAUGAUUUACCAGCGUUAUUAACAAGAGCUGAAUUGUCGACCCAACAAAUUGCUGAAGAAGCGCGACUAAGGCGUGGUGAAGGCAUGGAUAGACUUCCUAUAGAUUCUGAUCGCACGGUAUCAAAUCCACCACCGAGUCCUGUCACUGAUGAUCCUGAUCAUUCUGACAAUGUUACUAUCCAACGAAGAAUUCAAGACUACAGCGAUGACUUUCUUGACAUUGGAGUAGACGUUGACGUUAUGGAGAUGUUUUAGAAUAAUAUACGCACACUUUAUAUCAGCAUAUAACAUCUGUUUGUAUAAUAAUAAUUCUCGUAACAAUUAAUGCGAAAUUGUCAUUAUUAAAUUAAAAAAUCGGAGUUUAUAUUUUUUAACGUUCACUUUCUCACUCUUGUAAUUAUAAUAAUAUAUUAUAUUAUUAUAAUAUAUAUUAACAAUAAAUAAAAUGUAAAAAUUAUUGAAUAAUAACUUUAAGCCAGUAUUAUUUAGGUUCAAUAAUUUUUAAUUAUAUUUAAUAUAUUUUUUUAAAUAUUAUCUGGUAGCAAUCAUACUUUUGUGUUAAUAGUAAAAUAUAAAGAACAAUUAAAUUACAAAGAAGAACAAGAAUAAUACUGGUAUAAUUAUUAAGUAGCUAGAAUGUUGACGCAAUGGCAAAUUAUUUAAAAAUAAAUUACGUUUUAUUGCAUCUUACUUCAAAUUAAUUGUAAUAAUUACGUAAAAAAAUAUAUUUUAUUUUUAAGAAAAAAACAAAAAUCUUUUAAUGCAAUACGUAUUUUUGAAACAUCAAUUAUUUAAAGUAGUGCUUCAUCGAUCAGAACUAGCAAAGGUCAUUAAUUAAUAAUACGAAAUUAAAACAAAAUUUUGUCUAACAUUUCAGUUAGAUAAAUUUUAAUCAGACGACACUAAAUUUA